UUUCCUCCCUCCCCUUCAUCCUCCAUCCUCUGUGUAGUGACAGGAUUUGUAACGUCGGUGUCGGUGCUCACAGAAGCACCAUGCAGACGCGCCGUGUUGUUUACGUGUGCUUGUGAGUGUGUGUGUGUGUGUGUGUAUUGUGUUGUGUGUGUUUGGUUUGGCCGCAGGAGUUACCACCGAAGCUCCUGCAGACAGAGACAUUUUCUGAUCCUCCGGGCUUCCCAUAAUCUGUCAGAUUAAACCAGCCUGCCGCCCUCUGGAUGAGACAGACCACCUUGCGCCUCAGACCUGCUUCAGUCUCACCUUGCUCUUUUCUUCUUUCUAUUCUUUAUUUAUUUAAAUCCUCUAAAAAGAAAAGACGCAGGUUUCUCCCUUUUAUUCUUCACUGAAAUGACGAUCCGCCUGAGCGCUGUCCGCGGAGCUGAAAAACUCCAGCGACCUUCCAGCGUCUCCUGCUGACAUUUGACGCAAAAUUAAACCCGCUGGACUCGCGCAGAGCCGAGGAUAAGUGAGAGGGUCGAACUACCUGUUAGCUUCUCCGGGGCUGCGGGAUUAUUAUGCAGGCUCCGCCGCUGCUGCUGCGCGUUUGAAAACCGAAGGGACUGAGAAAUGUCGCCUCAUUUUCAUUCAGCGACGGCUGAUUAAAAUUUCAGCUGCAUACCCACUGACCUACUUUGUGCAAGUUCGGGGGGAAUAGAAACCCAGUGCGGUGCAGGUUCUGAAAUUCAGCCUGCGUUACGGGAGGAUGAAGAUGAAGGGUGAUGAGGAAACAGCGGUGACCCUGUGGAGAAACUUCCAGUAAAACGCAGGAGAGUUAAAGGAGGAGGAGGAGGAGGAGGAGGGGGGAGAGGAAGAACAGAAGGUGUUGAAGAGCCAGAGGUGUGCGCGUGAGUGUGCGCGGGGACAGAGAAGGUUAUGACCGCGUCUCUUCACCUGGACCUCGGGCUGCUGCUGCUGCUCCUGGCCUGCUGGCAAACACCGGGGAUGGUCAGAGCAACUGUGCCAGCAGCCCCGGUGAACGUAUCAGUGACCCAGCUGAGGGCGCACUCGGCCAUGGUGACCUGGAACGUCCCUCAGGGAGAUACUGUCAUUGGAUACGCCAUCUCACAGCAGAGGCAGGACGGCCUGAUGCAGCGCUCCAUCCGAGAGGUGAACACGUCCAGCCGCUGGUGUGUGCUCUGGGACCUGGACGAGGACACGCACUACAGCGUCCAGGUGCAGUCCGUCGGGCCGCACGGCGACAGCCAGCCCAGCCGUGCCAUCCACUUCAGGACUCUGGAGAGAAGCGACCACUAUCCAGCCGGAGUCCUGGACCACCACGAACCAGCGAUGGAGGGACUCGGGAUGACUCCUCACCUACAGACAGGAGAGCUGCUCAUUAUCACCACUGUGCUGCUGCUGUGGGCAGCCGUCAUCGCCCUGUUCUGCCGACAGUACGACAUCAUCAAGGACAAUGACUCCAACGGCACCAAGGAGAAAGCCAAGAGGCCGCUGGUCCGCGCCACCUCCUCCUACUACAACGCCUCGGCCGGAAGCUCGCCCAUCUACCACAACGGAGCCGUGCGCAGCAGCAGGCUCCACAGAGCUUCCUCCUCCAUCAGCAUCAUUAGAGUCUGAGUCCGGACGGUUUGGUUUAAAGACUCUCUGCCGUGCUGUGCAGGACGGGGCGGAGCUGAGGAUGUGUGGUGGCAAACUUGGGGAAUUUAUAGACCUAAUUUAUUGUAAAAUAUGGACAAAGUGAGAAACACAAAGUGAGAAAUGCAAAUCUAAUUCAAAUCAAACUAAGGAGUCGCACUGUGGAUGACUGCUGCCCUCUAGUGGCAGAAGACGGCAGCAUUAAAACAUCACAGCUGUUUGGAGCUUUCCCAGCAAAAAGAAGAUGUAUUUUCAACUAAUAUCCUGUUGUAUAAAGACGUUUUCUUCUCUCUGAUGUCAAAGACUAAAAUGUGAAUAACCGCCAGCAUGUCGGCCAAGUCCUCUCCGCCUCAAUUUAAUUGAUUCUCCAACACAUCUGUGUGUGUGUGUGACUGUUUGUGUGAUUUAUACAUUUUUAAAUUUCCAAUCAGUAAUUAGAUGUACAGUACUAACAUCAAAAGCAGUGUAUUAUAUGUAAUUAGAAUAUGUACAUAGAUAACUUGAAGGCAGGUAAGUUGAAGUAAUUGAAACAAAUAUUUGAAUGUAUAUGAUGAUGGUGUUGGAGGCUGAAAAACACGCAGACUUCACACUGUAAGCUUUCAUCAACAGUUUAAUUAAAUCAUUAACUCAGUGUAAUUAGAUCUGAACAUUAAUCUAAGUUGUUUAGCAGACUUCCCUUGAAUUUUCUGCAGUUGAAAACUAGGCAGCAAAUCCUGUCAAUUUAAGAAAACUUAAAUUUAACUUGUUUUUCUUAAGUUGACCUCACACUGUCAAGUCUUGUGUUUACACGUGUCUAACAAAGCUUUAAUUAUCACAUUUAAUAUUGUUCGACUUCAGCCCCUCAUCUCCUCUAAUUAGUUUGAUUGAGAUUGACAGGGACACAGACUUUAUCUCAACAUGCAAUAACUGUAAAAACUGUGUUUAAAUAUAUGAGAUAAUAGAUUUAAAAUCAAGUAUUUCCUUGUGUUAAUCAGUAAUUUUAUCUUUGUCUUGGCUGGAUCAUUAAGAGUGGUUGCUGGAUGAUGAUGAGUUGUGAAACCAUUAAGGUGUCUGAAAAUGAAACCCUUAAGUUGUUUGGCAGCUUCUUGAAUCACAAGAACCUGUGUGUGUUCUGUUUUUUCUAUUUUUAGUGGUUCAGUUUCAGUCAGUCUUUCACUGUGUAUCUGAGUGGAUCAGGAGUCUGCUGAAAAUUUCUUAAUCUCUGUAUUCUCCAGUUUCAAUAAACAUGCAGUAGGAUGAUUAACAGACA